AUGUUCGUGUUACCUCCUCCUCCUCCGCGGUACCCAGGUACUGCUGGUGCUGGUCCAUGGGGUACAGGAAUUCCUGGAUCUAUGCCGGUGAUUGAGACAAAUAAUACCAUUUCGUAUCCAAAAGGCCCAGAGCACCGAUUUUCUGUUGGUGAAGGGACAUACGUAUUGAAGGAAGAUAUAUUUCUUGCGACGCCCCCUCCUCAUCCUUCUGAAGCUCCCGUCACCAAUCUGAAUCCUUUGAGCACUGCGCCGCAACCUACAGUAGCUGGUACAAAGCUCUCACUUGUGUCUCUUAAAUAUCGCAGCUCACCGCAUCCCUACCGCAGCCAAACAUUUUCUCCUGGCAAAGAAAAUCAAGAGAGCGAUUCAAGAACAUCUGCCGAAACUGAUGAUCAAAGUUCUCUUGGGAAGGCGGCUUCGGGGAGCAGUGCAUCUAAGAAUGGGGAUACUGUGAUACCAAUGCACCCCGAGAAAUUUGGAGGAGGAAAUUCAUCCUUAUCGGCGGCUACUGGGAAAGAUGCAGCAAAGAGAAAGAAACCGAAAAACAAUAUCGCAAAAAACAACUCAUCUUUCGUCUCAAGAAUCAUUCCACACGAAAACCUAGCCAAGAGGCUUGCAGAGAGGAAUGAUGAAGAUCUGUUCGUUUUCGCAAAUAUCAAUAGGGCUUUCAACUGGUUAGAUAUGGAUUCUACGAAUAAGCAAGAACCCUUGUCAAAGAUCCUUUUCACCAAGGCACAUCCAAUUUGCCAUGAUGUCAACCAGCUCACCAGGAGUUCCAGUCAUUUAGACGUGAUUAUUGGUUUCUCUACUGGGGAUAUAAUUUGGUUUGAUCCAAUGUCAAACAAAUACGCGAGGCUGAACAAGAAUGGGAUGAUAAAUUCACAUGCCGUUACUGAUAUCAAAUGGCUGCCGGGGUCAGAAAAUCUAUUUUUGGCCGCACAUCAAGAUGGUUCUUUGAUAGUUUACGAUAAAGAGAAAGAGGAUGCGUUAUUUGUGCCUGAAGACGCGCCAGACGCGUUCGGAGUGGCAGAAGACGCUGCGCCAACUAGUGGAACUGCGAACCUUAUGAAGUACUUUGCAGUAAAAAAGUCCGUCAAGUCAAAAAACCAGCGGACCAAUCCUGUAUCAUACUGGUCAGUAUCCAAGAGUGCAGUCACGGCUUUCUCAUUUUCGCCAGAUUGUGAACAUAUUGCAGUGGUUUCAGAAGAUCAAUGUUUACGAGUCAUCAACUUCGUAAAAGAAAAGUUAUUGGAUGUGUACAGCAGUUACUAUGGUGGCUUAAUGUGCGUUUGUUGGUCUCCGGAUGGGAAGUAUGUGGUGACAGGGGGUCAGGACGACCUAGUUUCUAUCUGGUCCUUCAACGAGCGCCGCAUUGUUGCACGCUGUGAAGGACACCACUCCUGGGUUUCCAGUGUCGCAUUUGACCCCUGGCGGUGCGAUGACCGUACAUAUAGGUUUGGAAGUGUUGGCAACGAUUGUAGGUUGCUACUGUGGGAUUUCAGCGUUGCAAUGCUCCACAAGCCAAAAGCGGCAGCCGCUCAGCAACACCGAGGAAGCAUGUCGUCGCAUAAUCAUCAGUAUCCCACUGGUAGGAUGCAGGCAGAAAGCUUAUCAGGCAGUAGAUUGAGAUCAGAUUCGAAUAUUGCUGCCUCAGUUCACGUUCAUGAUGAAAAUGGUGACGGAAUCGCAGUGCAUGAUGUCCAAGAGCGUGCACGGACUGCCGUUUUGCCGCCGAUCAUGUCAAAAGUGAUCGAUCCGGAACAUCUCACCCAAGUUAUUUUCCGGGAAGACUCAAUCAUAACAACAUGCGUAGACGGCCACUUGAAGACUUGGAAUAGACCACAUAUCAAUCAGGAUAGCAACGGCAGCGAGGUGACUCUUUCCGCCGCCGGGAGUUGA